GGGUGGGUGAGAACAACAACAGAUUUUUGCAUGACCAGCUGAUGCGUGUGUGCAUGCUUGAGUGUACACAGCAGACCACACAGGUUCUUCUCUGUCAACAAUGCGUGUGUGUGGGUGUGCAGACGAGGGACCCCUUUCAAGACCCACAUGGCGGCCUUUGUUGAGAAGGACAGAUGGGCAGAGAUGGGGCAUCAUGGGCGAAAUGGGCAGUGGCAGUGAUGCAAUCGCUGUCUAUAUUUUAUAUCUCGGUCAGUCCGUGUCUCCGACUUAACACGCACGCCUCUUUCAUGGCCGCUUCAUGGCCUUGGAAACCACCGAAAAAGUCGUAAGUCAGCACUGAGAGAGCAAGAAAGAGAAGUGGUUGGAUGGAUGGGCUGUGCGUCCAGCCCAUCCAUCCGCCCUCACAAGUUGAUCAAGAAGAUGGAGCAGCCCAACAAGCUGGUCGUAGCAAAACUGUCUGCCAGCGACCACCUGCGCCGCCUGAAGGGCAGCAUCGAGAACAUCGCGUAGGCAUGUCUCCACAAAGGCCGCGUCGUAUUCGCUCACCUGUCGUGUGUCUGUCUGUUGCAGUGAGGAGCUGAAUCCAGCUUUGGAGCCCGUGCUGCUCAAACAGACCUUCAAGAGGGACUACACGACCACGCCAUCUGCCCCCAAAAGACCGUAUGACGAAGUCAAGGUAGGCAAUGUGCCAUGGACCGAUCUUCAGAAGGAACGUUCAGUCCGCCGCGCUCUGUGUGUGCAUCGAGCAGGGUCAAGAGACGGCCGAGCUGAUGAAGGUGGUGGCUGCCGAGACGGAGAAGGCCGGGACCCUCUCUCAGGCCCUGCAGCAGCAGGAGACAGAGCUCACGCGUCGUGUGGAGGAGCAGCACCGCGAUACACAGCAAAAGGUGACCACAACAGGGGGAAGCUACUGUCUCUAUCACUAGCACAUCCCCUCUCUUCCCCUCGCUGCCUCCCAGCCCAGGCCGAGACGGACCAGGGGACGAUCGAGCAGCUGCGGGCGGAGCAUUCCUCCCUCAGAGACGAAGUCGCCAGGUGAGAUUGAGAUAGAAGCGGCAGCGCUCAUGCACUCAUCGGCCGGCCGUCCGGCUGUGUGUGUUGUGGUCUGGUCAGCCAUCAGCGGCGCGCAGAGGAGGCCGAGCGAGUGGCCAAGGCAGCAGCUGAGCAAAAGCUCAAAGCGGUAAGCCGACGACAUACAGCAUCCACACAACGUCCAUGCUGUUCUGUGUAUUCUCAUCAGACUUUGGUGGAGCUCGAAGCCGUCAAACUACUCGAGGUGCAUCCCCAGGCCUACACUGCCUCGUGUGUGUGCUGCAUGGCUCAUGUGUUUUGUGUUGUGCAGUCGUCUCUGCGUGCGCAGAUCACCGGUGCAGCCACACGGGAGAGUGCCCUGGAGGAGCAGCUGAGGGAGGCCCAUCGGCAGCGGAGGGAAGCACAAGAGCAGCUGAGGGAGGCCCAUCGGCAGUCGGAGGGCAAGGUGCGCCUCUGCGUGUGUGUGUGUGGGUGUGUGUGGAUGGGUGGUGUGUGUGUUGAUGGUCAGUUGAGGGCCCUCCAGUCGCAGUUGGACCAGGGCGCUGAGCAGCUCGCCCAGGCCGAGCAGACCGUGCAGCAGCUGCAGCAGCAGCGAGACGAGAGAGACGCCGAGCUCUCGGCAGCCCAGGAGGGGCUCUCGACCGAGGGGCAGGCCAUUGCACAGAGAAACAGAUCUGUGUGUGUUGUGUGUGCGUGGAUCUGUCAGGAUAUGGACGACCAGCGCCGCGAGUCGAAGGAGAAGGCCGACAAGGACCGGUCCUGGCUGGAACAGCAGAUCAAUGAACUGGAGGUACGAAGGUACUACGAACCAAACGCACACACACACACAGAUAGAUCAGUGCAGGCAACCCUCUGAAAUGAACCAACCCAUGUGUCUGCCUGAGUGUGUGCAGCUGGAGUUCAAGAAGACAUUGGAGGCGCUGCAGAGCCACAACGCCCACCUGGAGCGGCAGCUCAAGGCCGCCAACCAGAAGCACGACGAAGCUUCCACACUCAUACUUUCGCCCAUUUCUCUCUGCGUCCGUGUGUGA